GAAGAAGAAGGUGGUGGUGCUCAGCAGUCAGGUUUAGAAUGGCUGCGUCAUUUUCAGUUUUACUUCUGAACGUUUUUUGCAGUUUAGUCUCUUCAUUGUACUUUCACAUUGGUGAUGGCGAACAAAAAUGUUUCAUAGAAGAAAUUCCGGAUGAAACCACGUUAAUCGGUUAUUAUCGUAUUCAGUGGUAUGACCAGCAGAGGGAGCGGGAGCCGAUGGACGCUCAGGAUCUCAGCGUAUUUGUCCAAGUCAAGGAUCCUGAUGACAUGAUGGUUCUGUCCCGGGUCUGCAAUGCAGAGGGAAGCUUCACCUUCAUGUCACAAACACCAGGACAACACCACAUCUGCCUGCACUCUGCUUCCUCACCGUUCUCCCUGUUCAGCAGUGGAGGCAUCCUGACGGUUCACCUGGACAUCAGAAUUGGUGAACAUACAAACAACUACACACAGAUUGAAGCUGAAGAGAAGCUGUCCAAACUGCAGCUGAGAGUCCGACAGCUCGCAGCGCAGGUGGAGCACAUCCAGAAGGGCUUGGACUACUACAGGCUCCAGGAAAGACAUUGGCUUAAGGUUGAUCACAACAUCCACGUGCUGCUGUUCUGGUGGUCGUUCGUCCGAUCCCUCUAUGUGGUGGUGAUCAUCAUCUGGUUCACGAAGUCUUGGUGACGAGGCACCUUGCACAUGCGCCUGCUUCAGUACACUCUGGACCUGCAAGAAGGAAAAAUAUAAAUUUUCUCUCCAGAUGAAGACAAUCAGAUUUAUAGUCAGAUUAUGAUUUGUUUUUUAAAUUGAACUGAAGACUCAACGUAAGGCAGGUUGUCAGAUCAACACCAGCCACCCACCUGGAGAAGGCCGAGAGGGACAGGAGGCCGAGCAGGAACUCCAGCCCGUAGAAGCAGAGCAGGACAGCGUUGAGGAUGACCUCGAGCCGCAGGACGAAGGUCUGCAGCAGCAAGUAGUAGACGGCCAGUGUGACGCACGGCAGCAGGAUGACAAGCGAGACACUGGAGGACAGAGUCUGUUCACACAGGUUCCCCUUCCAGCCUGAAGACAGGACACAAAGACUGCUGACGCCUUUGUCACAUGACCCUCUGCUGCUGUGAUGGCCGUGGCCUCAUCUGGGUUUCUGCGCAUACUGCAGAGGAAGUUGUCCUUUGUUGUUGUUCACAGUGACCUGGUUCACGCUUUACACAGAAGCCAAAAUGUCCAGACAGAGGUUUGUGUGAUGUCAAGAAAUUUUUUGAAAUAAUGCAGGCGAUUGUCAGAGCAACGUAAAAUAUACCUCAGCCAAUAAUGGGUCGGGCACGAGGAAGUGGGUGUGGAGAUUAUGAGAGUUUGGCAAUAAGACUGUUUUGAAGAUUUGAGAGUUCAUGAGGUCUCGUAGACAUUUUCUAUGGGCCCUUUUACAAAACAUGAAAUCACAAACAUUCUGUUUUACACACACAGUUUGUUCAUUGGAUAUUGAAAGUGCACUUGUUAAUGCUCUUUUGUGGGGGGGGGGGGGGGGGAAGUAUUUUCUGGAGUAUAAGUACGAGUUUGGGAAAUGCUGCAACUUAUUCACAAAAAGACAUUUGUUAUUAAUAAUAAUUAUGACAAUUUAUGUAGGACUUUCUCAGGAGUUAAAACAAAAGCAUAAAUAAGUAAAAUGCUGUGAUUUACAUAUGGCUUUUUCCUCUUUAACCUGCGUGACUUACACUCCAGAUAAUAAUUAGAUCAAUCAAUCAAACCCUUAAAUGCACUUCUCAUGAAGAAAGUAAAACAAAAUCUUUAAAAAAUUAUCAAUUUUAAUUAAAUUAAUAAAUGUAAUGUGAAGUAUUAAUAUAUGUCAAGUAUAAAUGAAAGAGGGCAACUGUAAAACUAUAUAAACAAAAUAUAUUUAAAACCAAAGUGUUAUAAAUCCAAUUUGUAUCACAUUGAUAUCAGGUUAACUGAUAAAUACUAUGCAUUAAAUUAAGUUUAUUAAUUCACUUUAAAACUGCAGUUCAUUGUAUGCAAAUUAAAUAUUUAAAUUGCCCAUGCACACAUUUAAAAGAGAAAACCGGGUCAGAUCCAGUGCAAAGCAUGAACCAGGUGUCACUAAACCAGUCCUUAAAUUCAAUGUUGAGGGAAAAUGUUGUGUGUCAUCCAAACAUCACUCACUCAUCUUCAACUGCUUAUCCGGCAUUGGCUCAUGGGGUGACAGCUUCCGCAGGGGACCCCAAACUUCCCAUUCCUGGGCCACAUUGACCACCUCUGACUGGAGGAUCCCGCGGUGUUCCCAGGCCAUUGUGGAGUUAUAAUCUCUCCACCUAGUCCUGGGUUUUCCCCAGUAUCUCCUCCCAGAAGGAUGUGCCUGGAACACCUCCCUAGGGAAGCGCCCAGGGGAUACCUUACCAAAUGACCAAACCACCUCAGCUGGCUCCUUUCAACACAAAAGAGCAGUGGCUCUACUCCGAGCUCCCCACAGAUGACGAGUUUCUCACCUUAUCUCUAAGAGAGACACCAGCCACCCUCAUAAGGAAGUCCAUUUCGGCCACUUGUACCCGCGAUCUAGUUCUUUCGGCCAUGACCCAACCCUCGUGACCAUAGGUGACAGUAGGAACAAACACUGACCAGUAGAUUGAGUGCUUCAACUCUUUGGCUUUGGUGGACUCAGUGCCCUACCCGGAGUAGGCAAUCCAUCGGUUUCCUGCUGAGAACCAUGGCCUCAGAUUUAGAGGUGCUGAUCCUCAUCCCAGAUGCUUCACACAUGGCUGCAAACUGACCCAGUGGCUGUUGUGGUCCUGUUGGCUUCAUCAGCCUAUGACCUCCAUGACACCCUGAGCCCACCAAACUGGAAACCCUCUUCCCCCUGAUAUCCGGCCCAUGUAUAUCACAAACAGGAUUGGUGACAAGGUGUAGACCUGGCGGAGGCCAACCUCCACUGGAAACGAGUCUGACUUACUGCCCAACACCCAAACACAGCUCUCGCUUUGUGAGUACAGAGAUUGGAUGGCCCUGAGAAGGGACCCCCUCACUCCAUACUCGCGCAGCACCUCCCACAGUAUCUCCAGGGGUACCCAGUUAUAUGCCUUCUCGUGGUCCACAAAACACACAUCGACUGGAUGGGCAUACUCCCAGGCACCCUCCAGGAUCCUUGUGAGAGUGAAGACCUGGUCAGUUGUUCCACAACCAGGACCGCAUUGUUCCGUUUCAAUCCAAGGUUCAACAAUCAUCCAAAGCCUCCUUUACAGCACCCUGGCGUAGACCUUACUCGGGAGGCUGAGUAGUGUGAUGCCCCUGUAUUUGGCACACUCUCUGCUUCCCUUUUUUAAAUAUGGGGACCACCAACCCAGUUUGUCACUCCUUCGGCACUGUCCCAGCCUUCAAUGCAAUGUUGAAGAGAUGUCUCAUCCAAUACAGUCCCUCAACACCCAGAGCCUUCAGCAUUUCUGGACAGAUCUCAUCAACCACUGGGGCUUUGCCACUGCGGAGUUGUUUGACUACCUCAGUGACUUCCACCAGGGAAAUUGAUGAUGAUCCCCAAACAGCUUUCAGCUCUGCCGCUACUAUAGGGGUGUUCGAGUGUGACGCGGGAGUUCCUCACAGUGGAGGAACUCCUGUGUCCCUCACACAUUUUUUCCAGUGCCUGAUUACCUCCUCAGUUGAGGUCAACAGAGUCCCAUCCUUACUAUAGACAGCUUGGGUGGUUCCCUUUUUCCUUUCUUGAGGUGCCUCAUGGUCCACCAAAAGCACCUUGGUGCUGACUGAAAAUUCUUCUCCAUGGUUACUCUGAACUCCAUCCACUGCUUUGCCUCCCUCACAGGCUGCCGCCCUUCAGGCAUGUUGGUACCUUGCAACUGCCUCCGGAGUCUUCAGAGAACAUAUUUUGAAGUAGAGCUGCCACAAACAACUAUUUUGAUAGUCAACUAGUCAACGAUUAUUUUUGCAAUUAGUCAACUAGUUGGAUCAUAUGUUAUUUGCACCUUAUCGCAUUUUAUCGAUAUCAGUGCCAUUAUCAUUUCUGCUUAUCAAUCCAAUUCCUUAUCGAUUCCCUUAUCAAUACCUCCUGUGAAUUUUCUGUGUACUAAAAGUAGACUUUACAGGUUUUCUAUGUCAACAUUUUAUUGA